CUGAGUCUCCAAGUCUUGCAGCCUGCUCCAUCCAUCCUUCCAUCCUUCUAUCCAUCCAUCCAUCUCUGCUUCCUUCCAUUCCAGAGACUGGGAGGGUCUCAGGAGACAGACAUAUCCUUGGCUUAGGACUCGGCGGAGACUGAGGACAAACCGAAGAGCAGCCCGAAUAGAAGAGAAGGGAGGGGGGCCGGGAGGACCACCUCUAGGAGUAAAAAGAAAGCGUUGAACUCAGCCUGGUCCCUUUGCUAGUAGCGUCGGCCAUGCAGAACUGUGUCAAGUGGUGGGGAGGACUGCGUCUUGGCCGGGGGGUGGCGGCGGUCACUGUACGCCACUUGCCCGUGGGUCCCGCAGGGCCGAGCCCCCCGAGGGGACGCUGGGCGCAGCCGUGCCGAGACUGCAGCGGCAGCGACGGCCGCAGCUCUGGGGCCACUGUGACCUCUCGCCACAUCGAGCAGCUGCUCCCUAGGCACGAUGACUUCUCCGAGAGGCACAUUGGCCCGAGAGACAAAGAGAAGAGGGAGAUGCUGCAGACUUUAGGAUUGGCGAGUGUGGACGAAUUGAUUGAGAAGACCGUCCCUGCCAGCAUCCGCUUGAGAAGACCCUUGAAGAUGGAGGACCCUGUUUGUGAAAAUGAAAUCCUUGCAACCCUGCACGAUAUUGCAAGCAAGAAUAAGAUCUGGAGAUCCUACAUUGGCAUGGGCUAUUAUAGCUGCUCACCACCUCAGGCCAUUGUCCGGAAUUUGUUGGAGAAUGCAGGAUGGGUUACCCAGUAUACCCCUUACCAACCUGAGGUGUCCCAGGGAAGACUGGAGAGUUUGCUCAAUUUCCAGACCAUGGUGUGUGAUAUCACUGGGUUGGAUGUAGCCAAUGCUUCCUUGCUAGAUGAGGGAACGGCUGCAGCAGAGGCUAUGCAGUUAUGUUACAGACACAGCAAAAAUAGGAAAUUUUAUGUUGACCCUCGGUGCCACCCACAGACGAUAGCUGUUGUCCAGACUCGAGCCAAUUACAUUGGGGUCACCAUUGAGUUGAAAUUGCCUCAUGAAAUGGACUUCAGGGAUAAAGAUGUGAGUGGAGUGCUGUUUCAGUAUCCAGACACGGAGGGGAAGGUGGAAGACUUCAUGGAGCUUGUGGAUAGAGCCCACCAGCAUGGGGCUCUGGCUUGCUGUGCUACUGACCUACUAGCUCUUUGUGUACUGAGACCACCAGGAGAAUUUGGGGUUGACAUUGCCUUGGGGACUUCCCAAAGAUUUGGGGUGCCAUUGUGCUAUGGGGGACCACAUGCUGCCUUUUUUGCUCUCCGGGAAAACUUGGUGAGAAUGAUGCCUGGAAGAAUGGUGGGAGUGACAAGGGAUGCAGCAGGAAAGGAAGUAUUUCGUCUUGCUCUGCAGACUCGAGAACAACACAUCAGGAGAGAUAAGGCUACAAGCAACAUCUGUACAGCUCAGGCCCUUUUGGCUAACGUGGCCUCCAUGUUUGCCAUCUACCAUGGCUCCAGUGGGCUCAAGCACAUUGCCAGGAGGGUGCAUAAUGCCACCUUGAUUCUAGCAGAAGGUCUUAAGCGAGCUGGCCACAAGCUACAACAUGAAUUGUUCUUUGAUACCUUGAAGAUCCAAUGUGGCUGUUCCCUAAAUGAGGUUUUGGAUAGAGCAGCUCAGCGGCAGAUCAACUUCCGGCUUUUUGGAGAUGGCACGCUUGGCAUUUCCCUUGAUGAAACAGUCACAGAAAAAGAUCUGGAUGACUUGUUGUGGAUUUUUGGCUGUGAGUCCUCUGCGGAACUGGUUGCUGAGAGCAUGGGAGAAGAGAAGAGGGGUAUCCUAGGGACCCCAUUUAAAAGAACCAGCCCAUUCCUGACACAUCAAGUUUUCAACAGCUAUCACUCGGAAACUAAUAUUGUCCGCUACAUGAAGAAACUGGAGAACAAAGAUAUUUCUCUUGUCCACAGCAUGAUUCCUCUGGGAUCCUGUACGAUGAAGCUCAACAGUUCAUCUGAACUUACACCAAUCACAUGGAAAGAAUUUGCCAACAUCCAUCCCUUCGUGCCUCUAGACCAGGCUCAAGGUUAUCAGCAGCUUUUCCGAGAGCUGGAGAAGGAUUUGUGUGAACUUACAGGCUAUGACAAAGUUUCCUUCCAACCUAACAGUGGAGCCCAGGGAGAAUAUGCUGGGUUGGCUGCAAUCAAGGCUUAUUUAAGCAAGAAAGGAGAGCACCACCGAAUUGUCUGCCUUAUUCCUAAAUCUGCACAUGGCACCAACCCUGCAAGCGCCCAGAUGGCUGGUAUGAAGAUUCAGCCAGUGGAGGUGGACAAAAAUGGGAGUAUUGACCUAGUUCAUCUCAGAGCCAUGGUAGAUAAGCAUAAAGAGAACCUGGCAGCCAUCAUGAUCACUUACCCAUCCACCAAUGGGGUAUUUGAGGAGAAUAUCAGUGAUGUGUGUGAUCUCAUCCACCAACACGGAGGCCAGGUUUACCUGGAUGGAGCAAACAUGAAUGCACAGGUUGGACUCUGCCGUCCAGGAGACUUUGGCUCUGAUGUCUCACAUUUAAACCUUCACAAGACAUUUUGCAUUCCCCAUGGUGGUGGUGGGCCUGGAAUGGGGCCCAUUGGUGUGAAGAAGCAUCUUGCUCCUUUUCUACCAAACCAUCCAGUCAUGCCAAUAAAGGUGGAUAAAGAUGGGCAUCCUUUGGGUACUGUCAGUGCUUCUCCCUGGGGCUCCAGUGCCAUUUUACCAAUUUCUUGGGCAUAUAUUAAGAUGAUGGGAGGCAGGGGUCUCAAGCAUGCCACAGAGAUUGCGAUACUAAAUGCUAACUAUAUGACCAAGCGGUUGGAAAAGCACUAUAAAGUCCUUUUUAGGGGUGCAAGAGGUUAUGUGGCUCAUGAAUUUAUUUUGGACACCAGACCCUUCAAAAAAUCUGCAAAUAUUGAAGCUGUGGAUGUUGCCAAGAGGCUUCAAGAUUAUGGAUUCCAUGCUCCCACCAUGUCAUGGCCAGUGGCUGGGACACUUAUGAUUGAGCCCACAGAAUCUGAAGAUAAGGCUGAGCUUGACAGGUUUUGUGAUGCCAUGAUCAGUAUCCGACAAGAAAUUGCUGACAUAGAGGAAGGUCGCAUGGACUCAAGGGUUAACCCACUGAAGAUGUCUCCACACUCCUUGACUUGUAUUACCUCUUCAAACUGGGAUCGGCCUUACUCCAGAGAAGUAGCAGCUUUCCCACUACCUUUCGUGAAACCAGAGAGCAAGUUCUGGCCCACAAUUGCCCGCAUCGAUGACAUCUAUGGUGACCAGCAUCUGGUUUGCACCUGCCCACCAAUGGAAGUUUACGAGUCUCCCUUUUCUGAACAAAAGAGGGCUUCAUCCUAGGCCCAUCUCCAAGCUUCCUGGUGACUUGAAUUGGUGCCUCUCACUGCAGCAUUUUUUCUAGCCAGAUGUAUUUUUUUUGUCCCCCUCCCCAGGCUCAAGUAGGGGAUUUAUAUAUUGUGUAUAUUUUUGUAAUCUCUGUCAAGGUAAAUGUAAAUACAAUCAGGGAAGUGGGUGGAAGCUGCUUGUUUAAAAACUGACAUGUUUCCAUGCCUCUUAUAUUUGAUGUUGACUUUCCCUUGACUGAGUGUAUGUGUCUGCAUGUGUGGGUACAUGCAUGUGUGUAUAAAAAUUUGGUCUGAUAUGUGCUAGGGUCUUUCAGUGUUACAAUUUUCCAGGCUUCUUGGUGGCUCUGGGGAAACAGAUACAUGUCUGUUCCCAAUAAGGCCUUAGUGGCUUGCAGCCACUUGAGAAAAAUCCCAGGGCAAAUGUUUACAUUUUGUAUAAAUAGAAGCCAUUUUGGAGGUUACUAAUUUGAUUUCUGGUAGUGUUUUACUCUUAUCCAUUUUUUAA